AUGUGGCAGGAGGCGAUGCGGCGGCGCCGCUACCUGCGGGACCGCGCCGAGGCGGCGGCGGCGGCGGCGGGCGGCGGCGGCGACGGCGACGGGCUGCAGCGGUCCCGGGACUGGCUCUACGAGUCGUACUACCGCAUGAGCCAGCAGCACCCGCUCAUCGUCUUCCUGCUGCUCAUCGUCAUGGGCGCCUGCCUCGCCCUGCUCGCCGUCUUCUUCGCGCUCCGCCUGGAAGUUGAAGACCACGUGGCAUUUUUAAUAACAGUUCCAACUGCCCUGGCGAUUUUCUUUGCUAUCUUCAUCCUCGUCUGCAUCGAGUCAGUGUUUAAGAAGCUGCUCCGCCUUUUCUCUUUGGUGAUAUGGAUUUGUCUCGUGGCCAUGGGCUACUUGUUCAUGUGUUUUGGAGGCACCGUCUCUCCCUGGGACCAGGUGUCAUUCUUCCUCUUCAUCAUCUUCGUGGUGUACACCAUGCUGCCCUUCAACAUGCGAGAUGCCAUCAUCGCCAGUGUCCUCACCUCCUCAUCCCACACCGUCGUGCUGAGCGUCUGCCUGUCUGCAAUGCCGGGGGCCAAGGAGCACCUGGUCUGGCAGAUCCUGGCCAACGUGAUCAUCUUCAUCUGCGGGAACCUGGCCGGGGCGUACCAUAAGCACCUCAUGGAACUCGCUCUGCAGCAAACGUAUCAGGACACUUGCAACUGCAUCAAGUCCCGGAUCAAGCUGGAAUUUGAAAAGCGUCAGCAGAGGAGAUCGGGACACAGACGCACACAGAGAAGAGACCGUGUGAACAAACAAGUGGAAGGCAGCCAUCGGCAAGCCAAGGAGGAAGGCCUUGGGGGAAACCAACAAAAGUGCCGACACUUUGAUCCCGGACUUCCAGCCUCCAGAACUGAGCGGCUUCUGCUGUCCCUGCUGCCAGCGCACAUAGCCAUGGAGAUGAAAGCCGAGAUCAUCCAGAGGCUGCAGGGCCCCAAAGCCGGCCAAAUGGAAAACACCAACAACUUUCACAACCUGUACGUCAAGCGGCACACCAACGUCAGUAUCCUCUAUGCGGACAUUGUUGGGUUCACCCGUCUGGCCAGUGACUGCUCCCCAGGAGAACUGGUCCACAUGCUGAAUGAACUCUUUGGAAAAUUUGAUCAAAUUGCAAAGGAGAAUGAAUGCAUGAGAAUAAAAAUUCUAGGAGACUGCUACUACUGUGUUUCCGGACUCCCUAUCUCUCUCCCUAACCAUGCCAAGAAUUGUGUGAAAAUGGGACUGGAUAUGUGUGAAGCCAUAAAGAAAGUGAGGGACGCCACUGGAGUGGACAUCAACAUGCGCGUGGGAGUGCAUUCUGGGAACGUCCUCUGCGGCGUGAUCGGGCUGCAGAAGUGGCAGUACGACGUAUGGUCCCAUGACGUUACCCUGGCCAACCACAUGGAAGCUGGAGGGGUCCCCGGACGUGUUCACAUUUCUUCCGUCACCCUGGAACACUUGAAUGGGGCUUAUAAAGUGGAGGAAGGAGAUGGUGACGUCAGAGACGCAUAUUUAAAGCAGCACUUGGUGAAGACCUACUUUGUAAUCAACCCCAAGGGAGAACGACGGAGCCCCCAGCACCUCUUCAGACCUCGACCCACCCUCGAUGGAGCCAAGAUGAGGGCUUCUGUCCGCAUGACCCGGUACCUGGAGUCCUGGGGGGCGGCCAAGCCCUUUGCACACCUGCAUCACAGAGACAGCAUGACCACAGAGAACGGCAAGAUCAGCACCACGGAUGUACCAAUGGGUCAGCAUAAUUUUCAAAGUCGCACCUUAAGAACCAAGUCACAAAAGAAAAGAUUUGAAGAGGAAUUAAAUGAAAGGAUGAUUCAAGCAAUUGAUGGAAUCAAUGCACAAAAGCAGUGGCUCAAGUCUGAAGACAUUCAGAGAAUCUCAUUGCUUUUCUACAAUAAAAUACUAGAAAAAGAAUACCGAGCCACUGCACUGCCAGCCUUCAAGUAUUACGUGACCUGCGCUUGCCUCAUAUUCUUCUGCAUCUUCAUCGUGCAGAUCCUGGUCUUACCCAAAACGUCCAUUCUCGGGAUUUCCUUUGGAGCUGCAUUUCUCUCGCUUGCCUUUAUCCUUUUCGUCUGCUUUGCUGGACAGCUUUUGCAAUGCAGCAAAAAAGCGUCCGCCUCUCUCCUGUGGCUUUUGAAGUCGUCGGGCAUCAUCGCCACCCGCCCCUGGCCUCGGAUCUCCCUGACGGUCAUCACCACGGCCAUCAUAUUAACCAUGGCCGUGUUCAACAUGUUUUUCCUGAGUGAGUCAGAGGAGACAAUUCUUCCAACCGCCAAUGCGUCAAACACAAGUCUUUCUGCCUUAUAUAAUCAGGUAGCAAUUCUGCGUGCGCAAAAUUUGUUUUUCCUGCCGUACUUUAUAUACAGCUGCAUCCUGGGAUUGAUAUCCUGUUCGGUUUUCCUGCGUGUGAAUUAUGAGCUAAAGAUGCUGAUCAUGAUGGCAGCAUUGGUGGGCUACAACACCAUCUUUCUCCACACUCACGCCCACCUCCUGGAUGACUACAGCCAGGUCUUAUUUGAGAGACCAGGCAUUUGGAAAGACCUAAAGACCAUGGGCUCAGUGUCUCUCUUUAUAUUUUUCAUCACACUACUUGUUCUGGGCAGACAGAAUGAAUAUUACUGUAGGUUAGACUUCUUAUGGAAGAACAAGUUCAAAAAAGAGCGAGAGGAGAUAGAAACCAUGGAGAACUUGAACCGCGUGCUGCUGGAGAACGUGCUCCCUGCGCACGUGGCUGAGCACUUCCUGGCCAGGAGCCUGAAGAAUGAGGAUUUAUACCACCAGUCCUAUGACUGUGUCUGUGUCAUGUUUGCCUCCAUUCCGGAUUUCAAAGAAUUCUAUACAGAAUCGGAUGUGAACAAGGAGGGCUUGGAAUGCCUUCGGCUCCUGAACGAGAUCAUUGCCGACUUUGACGAUCUGUUGUCCAAGCCAAAGUUCAGUGGAGUUGAAAAGAUCAAGACCAUCGGCAGCACGUACAUGGCGGCGACGGGUCUGAGCGCCGUGCCCAGCCAGGAGCAUGCCCAGGAGCCCGAGAGGCAGUACAUGCACAUCGGCACCAUGGUGGAGUUUGCAUUCGCCCUGGUGGGGAAACUGGACGCCAUCAACAAGCACUCCUUCAACGACUUCAAGUUACGAGUAGGUAUUAACCAUGGCCCUGUAAUAGCCGGCGUGAUCGGAGCUCAGAAGCCACAGUACGAUAUCUGGGGCAACACCGUGAAUGUGGCCAGUAGGAUGGACAGCACCGGGGUCCUGGACAAAAUCCAGGUUACUGAGGAGACGAGCCUCAUUCUGCAGACCCUGGGAUACACGUGCACAUGUCGAGGAAUAAUCAACGUGAAAGGAAAGGGGGACCUGAAGACGUACUUUGUGAACACAGAGAUGUCACGGUCCCUUUCCCAGAGCAACCUGGCAUCCUGAAGCGUCGCCUCGGUGUUGGCAAGAAGACUGUAUUUUCAGGAAGACAACAGUGCACUUUCUGACUGCCACUUCUGUCCCUCGUUUGUGAUGUGUGUGCUCUGUUCUGUUCUCUGGAGCCUCUGUAAACUCAUUCCUGUGACCCGGGGGCCUGCCGUGUGGUGUCUGACGUGUGCCAAGAUCGCCCUGCCACUUGCACCGUGCUUACUCCUGAGAAGAAGGAAAAGGAGUGCGCAUUACAGCGGAAAAGCCUUCAGAGAAACUGACAGAGAUGAGAGAGGCGAACCAGACAAAAAUUCUUAAGGCAAUAAAACUAGGGGGUGUAUAUUAUCUUCCGGUGCAUGUUCUUUUCUGGAAAAAUAUGGUAGCUCGCCAACCGCAUCCGCUAGUCUGACACUAAAACACACAGUAUUUGUGACUAAGUUGAUCCUGUCACCCCACAUGGAAUCCGUGUUCACCCACGUGUCUCAUUUCGGUGACUGUCCUCGGCCCAGCUGGGAUCCGUGGCUCCGUCACCUUGCUCUGUCGUGUCUCGUGCUGGCAGCACGUCACCAUCCAUCACCAGAAUUAGUUCUUACAACCUAGGACUAGUUUUGUACCAAACACGUCUGAUGUUUUGAUGCCAUUGUCUUUUGUAAGGUUAAUUCAUUAAAAGUUUUAUGUACUUUG